GCUAUUUCGAUUCUUGUCAUCUGCACCAAUUUGACCAACCAAAGAUGGCAUUCAUAUCAACUGGUAUCUGAAGCGCAAAAGGGAUCGAUAUCGUGUUGUGAAGACGUGCAGAAGUAUCUCGGAGAUCCUGAUCACUUCCAAAUCGGUGUCGGAAACCUAGCAGGCCAACCAGUAUGGAACUCAAACUAACCCGCGGCACAACAGUCCGCUGCCUGAUCCUGCUCGCACUGCUGUGCACCGGCCAGUGCGCGCGGCAGCUGCGGCAGCUGCCGGGGCCGGGGGGUCCCGGUGGUCCCGGCGGACCCGGCGGACCUGGCGGUGGUGGACCGGGGGGACCUGGAGGUCCGGGCAGGCCCUAUCAACCCCAGCAGCAAUGGGGCAACAGCGGCGGCGACUGGGGGAAUAAUGGAGGGGGUGGGGGUGGGGGAAACGGAAAUGGGGGAGAUGGCAGCUGGGGAGGAAACAGUGGGAACAAUGGCGGUUCGAACAGCGGCGGUAGUAAUGAGAACAACUCCAACAACAACAACCAGGGGCCAAACACAGCUCAGAACACGGUCACCGGCUGGGCAAAUGGACAGGUGGACAGCCCUCCAGCAAACAACAACAAUAACGACUGCAACAUCGGCAACAACGCCGUCAUUGCCACGGGGAACAACUGCAACUUCAACAACAACAAUAACAACAACGGCGGCAGCGGCGGCGGCUCUUCAAACAACAACAACAAUAACAACAACAAUGGCGGCGACUCUGGGGCGGCCGGCGGCAUCGGCGGUAUCCUUGGGCUCCUGGGUGGUGGUGGCAGUGGGCUGCCCGACUUGGGCUCUCUGAUGGGUGCAGCUCUGCAGCUCAUCAUGGGCUUUGCGAGCGGCGGUGGAGGUAUUCCAAACAUGUCGCAGGCGAUGCCCUUCAACCUUGGGGAGCUCAUGAACCUGUCGGCCACGCGCAGCACUGACGGCAACAAUGUGAUCACCGGCCUGGCCGACUCCAUGCUCGCCAACCUCGCCAACAACAACUCCCCCACGGUGGCUUCUUCGCUGGCAAACACCAUAUCUUCCAGUGGGGGCACGACCGCCAUUUCCAGCACUCAGGCCUACAACACCGCCGCCACCUUCACGGCAGCUGCCGCCAAGGCCAACCGCGUGCAGCCUGAACUCUCAUCCCAGGUUGGUAAGUCAUUUGCCAAGGGGCUGGAUGAUGCCAUGGCAAAGUGCAUCUCGGACGGCGGCACCGCCACGUCAUGCUGCAGCGUCGUCAGACAGACCAUGCAGAAUGCCAACACGCUCGGAGGCCAGGUGGGCACGGCCAGUGUCUUCAGCUCGGCUCUCACCAGCUACCCCCGCGUGCAAGCCUGCCAGUAGAUCACUGAACACACAAGAAGGAGACUCCCGCUGCAAGGAAAAUAACAGAGUGUAGGAUCUGGGCAACGGUGUAAAUGUAUGCAAUUGAUAUCAUGCAGCUUGAACUGCGAAUAAAGAUUUUUGGAACAUGAUGGAACUUACUGUGAGUACAUUUAAUAUAUUUUUGAAUUAAGGGAACUCUUGUAGUUGUGAUAAAUUUGAUCUUAUUUGUGGUGUCUUUAUUGCUUGCCUGCUUGAGUAUCUGAAUCAGAGACAAGACAAAUUUUAUUUAUUUCCUUGCUCCAGGGCAUGCUGUAAACGCAGCGUAAAAUUGAAAGCGUGGCUGCGGCAAUUACGUAACUAUCUGUUUACUGUAAUUGCAUUCUUCUCCAUGC